UUUGUUUUCUUGCCUCUUUAUUCCGCCUUUGCCUUGGUCGCCUUCUCUUUCUCCAGAUUCUCUAGCUCUGCCCAUCUGACUGCCCUCCCCCUCCCCCUCCCCCUCCCCCUCCAGCUAUUUAAAACCCCCACUUCGAUCAGAUCCCAAUAUACCAAACGGAGAUUAAGUAUCAGCAAGUCAUCCAUGACGCUCGGCUCAGGAGGAUCCAGUGUCGUGGUCCCUAGGAACUUCAGAUUGUUGGAGGAGCUUGAACGUGGUGAAAAAGGUAUUGGUGAUGGCACUGUCAGCUAUGGAAUGGAUGAUGGAGAUGACAUUUACAUGCGCUCUUGGACUGGAACCAUUAUCGGUCCUCACAAUACUGUGCAUGAAGGUCGAAUUUAUCAGUUGAAGCUAUUUUGUGAUAAGGAUUACCCAGAGAAGCCCCCAAGCGUUCGUUUUCAUUCACGGAUUAAUAUGACUUGUGUGAACCAUGAAACGGGGGUGGUGGAACCAAAGAAGUUUGGACUUCUCGCGAAUUGGCAACGAGAGUACACCAUGGAGGAUAUAUUGACCCAGCUGAAAAAGGAGAUGGCCGCACCACACAACAGGAAGCUGGUCCAGCCUCCAGAAGGCACCUACUUCUAGCUUUCGAGACCACCGUAUAGAUAUCACGGAUCAUAUUGCAUAUAUCUGCAAUAUAUAAUUUGUAAUGCUUUGUCGAUCCUGUUGAAGUGAAGAACAUACAGGGGAAUGGCCUAGAAAGCUUCUCUUAUAGUCUCUAGGGCUUCAUUGUUGUUUCGUUAUGUUCUUUAACUCUGUUGAAAGAUGCUGUUUGAUUAAUGGGUUUUAUAUAUAUAUUGCGUGUCGAAUAUUAAAA